AUGUCUGAAGUUAAUGUGACGAAAGUAAUAGUGAACAAUCCCAUAUGUGACAUUUUAGAUCCAUUCGUUUUUACCAUUGAGUUUGAAGCGCUUAAUAAGUUAGAGGCCGAUUUGGAAUGGAAGAUCUUUUAUAUUUCUGCUGUGAACAACGAUGGGGAGGGAAACCAGGACAUCGAAUUAGAUAACAUUUUCUUGGGACCCAUCGAGCGAGGCGUGAUGAUGUUUGACUACGCGGUGAAUCCGCCCGACUACCAGAACAUGGACGUCGAUAGCGUGCUGGGCCUGCAAGCCAUCCUCAUAUCAGCCAACUAUAAGGAGAAGGAGUUCAUUCGGAUCGCCUACUACAUGAACUCAUUUUAUAAAGACAUGGAAAUGAGAGAGAAGCCACCCGCCGUACCCCAGUACGAUAAAAUAUGUCGACAUAUAUUUGUGGAAAAUCCAAGAAUCGUGAAAUUUUGCAUAACUUGGGAUGCAGAGGAGAAAGAUGAUUUUAAAGAAUUCGACAAGGAGAAUGAACAGAUUCAGUUAAUAAACUGCGUCAAGACGAAUGCAGAUGAUAAUAGCAACUCCAACAUAACAAAUCAGUCUACACAAGAGAACCUUUUUGUCUUUAGUGACAUCCCUGCGAAUGCUGGUGCGAAUGGUAAAAUCAGCACAGACGUGGCGGCGCAGGAAAACGCCAACACGUAUGGCAACACAGACUUGAACGAACGGGGGGCCCUCAGUAGUAACGCGCCAUCGACUGAUUUGGAUAAGUGCGAACUUUUUAAUGCCAACAUAAAUGGGAUCAGCAGAAUAACCAUCGACAAUAAGAACGCCUAA